CAGAUGGGAACACGAAUACAGCGGAAUGUCCAAUGAGAACUGAGAUAAAGUCCUUAUUGUACUGGAGGAACCCUCUUCGUUCGGCUGCAGUCCUUGCGGCUUUGCUGUUGGUUGAAAUCUGCUUCGCUUGUCUUUCCGCCAUCUCAAUCCUGGCUUACGCUGGCUUCAUACUCAUCGUCGCAGUCAAUCUCAUGCGGUUAUAUUAUUAUUACGUCGCGAAAACUGACAGUCCUUUGAUCAAAGAAUACCUUGAGCGCGAUAUCUCACUUCCAAAAGAUCGCAUUUCUGACGUCGCACAUCGCUUGGCUGAUCAAGCAGAGAAACUGUUCAUUCAAGCCAGAGAAAUCUUCCUGCUCACCAACUUCGGAGCUUCUGUCAAGUUCGGCCUUCUAUUGUACUUGAUGACGUACGUGGGUGCGCACUUCAAUUUCCUGACGUUGUGUAUCAUUGGAACGCUUCUAGCUUUCUCCGUGCCCAAGUUUUACGAGUCUUACCAGUCGGAAAUCGACCGCUUUCUAAAGACUGUUAAGGACAAGUCGGAACGGACAUUAUCUCGAGUUUACGAUAAAAUCAACGCUCAGUUGGACAAGCUUCCAGUGUUGGGAUCGCGGAAGGCGAAGUCACAGUGACCGACAGUCAGUGGCGCUUCUUGUUUCCUUCCUGGCACUACAAACCAAAAUCAAGCUACUUGUAUCCCUCCCCUUCCUGCCUCACGUCGAUGAGGGCGAAUGGCCUUUUAUACAAGCGUCUACUUUGUCCCAUUCUUGACUCGCGAAGCAGCAGCAGCAUCAACAAUUUGUAGUUCCUCCGCUCUCUGUAGUUUUCCACUGUUCAUCUCUUAUUCCGAAAUUGCGUCUACUCACCACUUGUUCACAUCCAACACCGCUCUUCUGUGUUCUACAUGCAAGUUUUUCGCAUCUCUUUCCUCAAUGUGCCGCUUCUACAUGCAGAGUAAUAUCAGGCUCUCCGCUUACCUGACAACCUGUUUCUUCACGUAAGCAUUGAUGGUUAACGUUCACUCGCGUUUCUCACGAUUUUGGUUUGAUUCCUUUUUCUCUACCCAAAUCAUCACCAGAUGUAAUCAAUGUGUCGUCGUUGUCGCUAUCGUAGCCGCCUCAUUCGACUCCCUUCCAAUGCUUUAACCUGAUCACUUUCUUGUUUGACACGAUGUACUGCGUUUUACCUUCAUCGUAUGGGGUUCUAUAUAAGGCAGUUUUGAAUUAAAACUAUCCUUAUUCAC